AUGCCUGGAUUCAAGUCCAACAUCCUCUUGGCCGCGCUGGCUGGCGUGGCCUUGGCCGGCGGCCACGGUGGUCACGGCUCUAAGCCGUCAAAGCGCGGGUGCACAACGCCCACGGCGAACCUGAGGAACGGAACAUACAUCGGUGUCACGGACUCUGUCAACGACCAGGAGUACUUCUUGGGCAUGCCCUAUGCCCAAGCACCGACAGGCUCGCUUCGGUUCGCGGCGCCUCAGCCAUUGCAGACUUCGUUCUCGGAGCCGAGGUCUGCCACCCAGUACGGCAAGGCUUGUAUUGGAUACGGUUCAGACACGACGAACCUUGGAACCGGACAGGGCGCCGUGCUCCUGAACGAGGGCAAGUUCGCGCGCGUGCCCCUGCUGUUGGGCAACAACUUUGACGAGGGCACGGCCUACGCCAAGACGGGCAUCAACACGACCGAGCAGUUCCAGUCCUACCUGUCCAGCCUGGGCCUGGGCGCGGACCAGGUCGCCAGCAUCACGGAGCUGUACCCCGACGACCUCUCCGUCGGCAUCCCGGCCUCGUACCCCGACCGCCCCGCGGCCUACCCCUACGGCCUGCAGUACAAGCGCGUCGCCGCGUUCGCCGGCCACUAUCAGCAGCACGCUGGUAGGCGCCACCUGGCCGAGUCGUACGCCGGCGCUGGGCUGUGCGUCUACUCGUACCUAUGGAACGUGUACGUCAACGGCAUCGCGGCCAUCUACGGCGCGACGCACUUCCAAGAGGUGGCCUUUGUCUUUGACAACACCGACGGCCUGGGCUACGCGACGAACCCGUUCGAGGGCAAGCCCGAGACCUUCAAGACGCUGGCCGACCUCAUGAGCAAGAUGUGGGUGUCGUUCAUGCACGGCGCCGACCCCAACCUGGGCGCCUCGGAGACCGUCCAGAGUGUCGCCUGGCCCCGGUACACGCUCGACGCGCCCGACAACCUCGUCUUCGACGUCAACGCCACCGGGCUGUCCUACGUCGCCGAAGACAACUACCGCAAGGAGAACAUUGCCUAUCUGCUCGACAGCGUCUUCGUGUAA